AACCGUCUUUAAUCUGCAGAUUUUUCAAUUCCAUUGCUUAAAGCUAGCUUAAUCUCAGAUAAUGUAUCAAUAACGCAUAUAGAGUUGGCUAUUAUCUAGUGACAUGUGUAAAGUUUUCUAAUUAUAAGGCUACAGCUACCUGAAGAUGUGAAACUAGGGCCAGCUGCAUACAGAGCAGCACGGAAGAGAAACCACUCAACGUUUGACAAAGACUUUGUGUUUUAUACUUUACUAAUCAACCGUUAAAAUAAUACUGAAUCCAGCUGUCGAUCCAUGAGGAAACGUAUGCUAAUAUCUAUAUGGCCACUAAGCCCUUUAGCCCGGAGCAGUCGCAGCGGAUCCUGCGCUCUCUGCGCACUCCAGCAGUGUUUCUGGGCAUGACCGACGACUGGCCAGCCAGCGGCUGGACUCUGGACCGGCUGGCACGCUGUGUGGGAGAGAAGUCCACGUGUUUUCGCCUCGGACCACGGCGCAGGGAGAAGGGUCCUCUCUUUGAGACAGAGUGCUCGUAUAUUGACGCAACCCUUGCCGAGUUUCUUCGCUGGACCGGCGGAUGCAGGGACUCCUCUGUAGGCCUGUUUGCCAACUUCCCCCUUUCAGAGCACUGGGCUUACGCGGACUACAAGUAUGUCGCCGUGUUCUUUCAGGAAAUGCCCACCAUGUUUAAGGAUGUGGUGUGGUCGGACUUCGGCUGUCCAGGCCGGGAUGGCCGGGAGAGCACCCUCUGGAUCGGCACGGGCGGUGCCAACACCCCAUGUCACAUGGACUCCUACGGUUGCAAUCUUGUUUUCCAAGUCCAAGGCAGGAAGCGGUGGCAUCUUUUCCCCCCUGACGAUGCUAAACACCUCUACCCAACGCGUAUACCGUACGAGGAGUCCAGCGUGUUCAGUCGGGUCAGCGUGGUCCAGCCUGAUCUGGGCCGGUUCCCGGCUUUUCGACGAGCCAGGGCCCACUGUGUCACUCUGCACCCAGGCCAGGUGCUGUUUGUCCCUAGACACUGGUGGCACUACGUGGAGUCCAUUGACCCGGUAACCGUCAGCGUGAACUCUUGGAUUGAGGUGGCAGCGGAUGAUGAGGCUAGGGUAGGAGAGGCUCUGUCCAAGGUCAUCAUCAGUGCACUGAAGACCACUCCUAGCAUCGACAACGAGGACAACUGGCUCAACCCUACCGAGGAAGAGGUCACGUCGCACGACCAGAACAUGCGGUACCUGAACCUGGCCGUGAGGGCCUGUGCGGAGCAUCAGGGCACGUCUGCGGAAGCACGGGCUGACCCAGCCGCCCGCAAGCGGGACUCCGGCGGCCAUGCGAAGGGCCUGGGUGCUCAGCUGGAGCCUUCCGACCCGCCUCCCUUUGGGCCUCACCUCAUUCCGGUCACGCGCGACGCCGACCCGCCUUGGAAAGUCACGGCCUCGGACCCCAUAGAGGCUCCUGUGUCCAAAGACAAACGUUCCCGUUUCCCUCACAGUGGAACGAAGCCUGCAGCGGAACACGGCAGGGGCGGCGAGGAGCAGGGCUGCGUCUCCACCGACGACGUGCUGGACUGUCUGCUGCAUCCUGACGUCGUUGCCCUGGUUACGCAGCUUAUGUUGGACAGGCAAAGGGAGCUUGGCGCAGAUAUCUUGCCUUUUUGCACCACAUGAACUGUCGAUUAAAGUGUCUUGACUAAUAAAGCCUACCAGCUCUCAGAAAAAGAAACCACGCUCGUCUCACUUUGUCCGUUUCGUUGCUGAUAGGCGUCUUGCGCAUGGAACAGGCCGAUUGGAAUCUGAACGGUCCGGGUUGCUUCUGAGCAGUUCAGGAUGGGGUGGGAGACUGGAGUUGGUGCGUAGAUUCCCUCCUCUAUCCGUGCUGAGCUCAGCGCUCUGCUCGGCCAUAACGAGACGUCCUGCGCCAUUCUGCAUGUGUAGCGAUGCUAAGAGGUGCAGAAUUGUACCCAGCGCCGCGGAU